AUGAAAGUGCUGGAAUCGUCGAAUAAGGAUAAUCAAACGCAAAAGACGAAGACGUUCCAGCACUAUUUGCCUGAAGGUGACCGAUGCUAUAGUUGUGUACAUUGCCGUGCGAAUCUAGCCAGCCAUAAUGAUCUUAUUUCUAAGUCAUUUCAAGGAAGUCAAGGCAAAGCUUAUCUCUUCAAUUCAGUGUGA